AUGUGGGCCACGGCGGCACCGAUAGUCAUCUCGCUCCAUGUUGUCCGCGACAGGUGCGGCAACGUGGUUUCCAUUGAACGAGUGGACUCAGUCAGGCCCCCCGGUAACUGCCCAGCGGUGGAAGCGACGACCUCUUCCAGAGGUGGUGUUGGCAGACGAACAAAGAAGUCGGCGCCGCGUCCAGUGUGGGUGAAUCCCGUAAUGUCCUGCAGUACACAAACAGCUGCUGCCUACUGCGUUCUCGAUAGUGACAAGCAGCAGUCCAGGCACAUUGAGGUGGUUCAGCCGUACCGGUCAGACACUAAUACUGGUGUGUCGCAAACUGAUGCGCCUAGCGACUGUAGAGAGGUUUCAAAAUAUGACAUUAGUCGUAAAGCCUCGUUUAUGCCGCAGACGGUGCCACCCUCGCCUUCGAUUGCGAGCGUCACAUCAGGUCUCUGGGCGGCACGUGAGGCGUAUCCGCCACGCACCAAAUCACUUGAAAGCAAGCUGGUGAAUGGAAAUGACACUACGGAGCCGGUUUCGGGCCCAAUACAGCAACAGCCUCUCAGAGACGGCGUGCCUCCAGAGCGCUUCGAGGCCUCUGCUAUACGCUGGUCGCAUUCUCAACGGAGCAGCUUUGGAGUGCAGUGGAAGUCGCGGCUUCCAUCUUUUGCCAUAACAGAGACGUUGGAGUUGGCUGGUAAUCAAUCAGAAGAAGCGGAAAGCCAAGUACAAGCACCGCGUCGGGGAGAGUCUCUUCUACGUAAUGCACAACAGUUGGAUACGAUUUUGGGAAUAUCCACCACUGCAGGGAGUGAAGAACACAUUGUGCCAUCCCAGUCCUUCAACCUGGAGAGUCAGCAGAGUGCAUCUCAUUCGCGCCACGCACUGUCGGAGGCAGCAACGUCUUCAAUGCACGUGGUGGAGGCGCAUUUUCCCUCCUCGGCAGUGCCCUUAUCGCGAUAUCAUCUUUCCACUGACGCGGGGCCGGAUGGGGAGGUGUGCAGCACACCGGAUUUUUUCCAUAUAUUUUGUGGACCCGAUGAGGAACACAAAGUUGUGGAAGUGAAGGAGAAAAACGGUGAAAACAUCAAGGAGAAAGACGAAACACGGGCGCUCACUUUAGAAGCACAUGAGCCGAUGACGGCUGAAGUAACAGUGGAUGAGACAGUUCAGGGGAGUAAGCUGUCAUCGAGGCGAGACCUGAGAGCCUCAUCAGUUGAGAGUUGCGCGCGGAUUUCGCAGCAGGAUGGAGAGGUUAAUACCACGGCGGUGGACAUGGUGGGCAAUGAGCUUGACUACUACCACACCGCCAUUGGGCAGCAACAUCAGGUGCCUAUUAACGCCAUUCAUGAAUGCACACGCCACCAUGAGAAACUUGUAGGCAUCGUGAAAAAGUUGGUAAGGGAGGGAACUCCCAUCAAGGAGGAGGAUGUAUCAGUGGUGGAUGGCCUCGAAGCACUGGCGUCUGUUGCUGUAUCAUCAUCCUUGUCGGCGGAUGCUCAGGUAGCAGGCACCUUUAUUGCUGCUCCUUCCGAUGCACAACGUUGCGGCAGCUGUAAGGGUGCAGCUGAGGCGGGUGAGGGUGACACGGAGCAGCACCUUUCCAGUGUAGGUAUCCGUAGCCAGGGCAGUGAACUAGAUGAGGCCAUAGGAGAGGACGCAGCACCGCCUCCUACUUUAUUGUGGCAGCGGCGUCCGCUCCCUGUUUAUGACGCCUCUCUCGCACGUGGUUUGUCGCAGUAUUUUGCCAAGAAGCUGAACCAAAUGCGGGUGGGUGACAGCUUGGAAGUGACCCACAGUGAUCCUGUUCACUUGGGCAGCAGCACAGUCUUUGCCCCUCCUCGGCUGAAUCUGUUUCCUUUUUUUUCAAAUACACCGCCUUCUACGUCUGCUUCUGCUUCUAUUCCUCCACCUCCACACCCUCUUUCUCCUCCCCAGUACCGUGAAGAAGGAUCGGGGGCGUUGCUUUCUUUUUAUGAACUUCGAGAUGCCUAUUAUCGUGCAAGAAGACAGUAUAUAUUGAAUAGUGAAACAUGA